AUGGUCUCCAGCACCUCCGGUUUGACACAACUUAUCGCGGUCAAUUGGCUCGCGCAUGCCACAUAUAGAUUCAUGUCUUUCGGUAGGCAUGCCUACCGGCAUGCGUUAAAACCAACUGCUGCUCCAACGCUCGACCACCUCUGGAUCAGCGACGACCUACUUGCAGCAACCUUCCGCCGGUUUGCGAACGGCCAGCGUCGCCAUGGCAGCUGUGUCCCUGGGCCUCUCGAGGCACGAAGACGCUUAGCCAAACGAAGAAACACGGCCCUUGCUGGGUUUGGAGCUGGAUCAGCUGAGGAUAUUGCGUGUCUUUUCGGUCGCAAUGGGAGGGAGCACAUGAAGUGGACCGACCACCCGUGGCAGAGAGCGCAGCUUGAAACUCAAGGUAUCCAAAGCAAAAACACCUUUUGGAUCCAAUCGGAUGCUGACUGCUUGGAAGAUUUGAGGAAUUAUUCAGUAGCGACGCCGGAGGCUUCCUUACCCUUUUAUGACCAGAACCCCGAACCAAUCGACACCUCCAUCUCCCAUGACCCUCAGCCCAACUUCCAUAAGCCGACCAACCCUUCCCGAGCCGAGCUCCUGAAUGAAUUUCUAGAGCAGGGUGAUUGGGGACUUGAAGAUGCCAGGGACUUUGCGCGUCAAUUGAGGAUUGAUCUUCAACGAGAACCGAAAUACAGCCGGCAGAUCUUUGACAAACUGCUCUCGCGCUCGACCACAGACCUGAACCAAGCAAUUCAAUUCCUGGAUGAUCCAUUCUUGAACACACGAGGCUCUGGAAAUUAUUUUGCUGCUGUGAGCUUGUUCGUACAAGCGAAGCUCAAGCGAUCAAACCGGAUCGCCAUGCUGAAUUCAGUCUGUCGUGCUCUCGAAUUGGGGCUUCUCCCAACAGACGAGCUUUGUCUUAUCAUCAAAGCUAUACCGAACAUCAUAGUAGAGCGAAAUCAGACGCUCAGAGAAUGGGACCAGAAGGCGUUGUUGAAGCAUUACCUGGCCAUGUGGAAAGCUAUCGGUCGCUGCACCAUCCUUGGUUAUCAUGAUUUGCACAAGGGACUUGUUGAUGUCUGGCUUACUGAGCUUGUGAACCUGCGCAGCUUUCGCUUUGCCGAGGAAUUCGUUCUGGCCACUCAUGACGCGAGCUCUGAUACUCGUUGGCCCACGACCUUGAUCAUGGAGCAAUUGGACGAGUUUGAGGUGACCACGUCCCUCCCGACUUUCUACCAGAUGCUGGAUGGACUCGAUGCGGAUUGUGCAACCCGGUGUAUUGUCGAGGUUACAGAGUUACUGGCGAUGCCUGACGCCCAAAUCCAGGGCCGAGCCCAACUGCUAGAGCAAUGGCGACUUUGCCUUUCAAAUUUGUCGAAUGUCUCGGCUCUUGCAAACUCGCAGGUAUGGCUUGACUUGCCAUUUGCCUACAACGAGAAUGCGUUGGAGAUAGCGCAGACCCCUUCGAUCCUGCCCGUCCAGCAACAAAUUAUCCUUCGUCUAUGGGCGUUGCGAACGCUGAGCCGAUCUUUUGGGCCUAUGUACCACCAGAGUCCACGGCCUACCGACAAACUAAUUUACUUCUUGCUCGGAAUCUACGAAACGUCGACCAAGACGACUGAUGGGUCCUUGCUGUCGGACUUGAUGCGUGGUAUUCAGACUUUGAAUCUCCCGUACAGUAGUCUGCUUCUGCUUGCGGUGAAUAUCAAAAUGAAGAAAAACAUUACCAAGACUGCCCGCAGGACACUCGAGAAGCUGGAAACAUCGCAACUUUCUUUAACGGAUGUCUGGGCAGAUCCAUCGGCUUACCAUGGCAUUCGUGACCUGUUCUAUGGCACAUUCGAGCAAAUGUUCCGCCGCCUCGACAUCACGAGCCAAGAAUCCGCGGACGAAUUUUUACAUCUCGUCAGAGUAGGAGAUUCAAAGAGCAUUUGGUCCGUUCUGAGAAUCCUCCGCAACCACACCCCUUUCAAGCUUUGCCUCAACAAGGCAUGGGUGCCCCUCCCCCACCCCGACGAAAUGGCCCUCGUGCGUUAUCACCCCGGGCCUCGGGACAGCCAAAGUCCCGAUCCUUAUGCUGCCGUUGACUUUGUCCAUCGACUGGCCGUUGCCAUCUCCUGCAGCCACAACUUGACUCCCUCGCGGUCUUUCCAUCUUAUUCAUCAUUUGUAUGACUACCUGCGCCGGCAUGGAGGCCCUGUAUACCCGUCUUUGGUUCAGGCCAUGUAUCAUGCUGGUGUUGUGCGAUAUCGUCGCGAGGGACGCCGCGUUUCACCUACGCAGUACGAAUACAUCCUUUGGAUUGUCAGCAAGUUUGAAGGACGCGAGGUUGCCACGCAACUGAGAGCCCCGGCGCAGAUUGGCCUGAGUAAACCUGAUCAAAUGCAUGACUACUAG